ACAGAAAAGAUGGCGACGUCUGUAGCCGGAGACGCGCAGCAGAGCCUCAAUGGGAUCAUCCCCGAGCCCCGCGACAAGAAGCUCACCGACCUGCCGAGCGAGCUGCUGGAGCACAUCCUCUGCUUCCCCGUCCUGCAGCACCGGGACAUCUGCAACGUGUCCUGCUGCUGCAAGCGGCUGCACGACGUCUGCCACGGGAGGGGGAAGGUCUGGGGACACCAGUACAAACUCAGAUGGCCGCGGCUGCAGAGGUUCUACCGUCAGAACGAGAGCUGCGACUGGCUCCGGGAGUACAAGACACGCCAUCGAGUGGGAAUACAGAUCAGACGGACGGUGGAAUCCAUCUCGAAGAGGUUCUUUACAGAAGUUAGAUCUGUAACUCAGCCUUGCGUUGGCCAGGUGCUCGGAGACAGCUUUGCGGAGAUUGAGUCGCUCGGGAUGCCAGAGCACUUUUGUGAAGACGAGCUCCUCUUCAUACUCAACUCUGACAAGAGGAAAAGCUUGACUUUGAAGUACUAUGCAAAGAAAAUCCUCUACUUCCUGAGACAGCAGAACAUCCUGAGGAGUCUGAAGACGUUUCUAGAGCGGCCCGUGGAGCAGCAGUUGGCUGUAGAAGAAUGUUUCCUGCCAGUCUCCUCAGUAGGAAAUCUGGAGAAUCUCUGCGUGAGUCCAUGUGCUGUACUGGUGGAUCAGUAUUGUAACCCGCUGGCCGAGGUCACGCUGGAGAGCAUAUCAGCCCAGGUGGACGAGAUCGCAGAGAAAGUGAAGAAGAUGCUGAGAAUCAAGAACCCGUCUCACCCCAGCCUGCGAGUCGCUCAAGGUGACUGUUUGGUCGUAGAAGAUUCCGACCUCCAGCGGCAGGUGGUGUCGGCCUUAAACUCCGUCUUGUACGAGCAACUUCAAUAUAAAGGCAACGAGUUCGACUACUACAACCCCCUCAACUCCUACAUCCACCAGGUGCUAGUACGCCACACAGGAAUCCCCAUCAGCCUCUCUGUCCUCUACAUGACUCUGUCCCGGAAGUUGGGCGUUCAGGUGGAACCGGUCAACUUUCCAAAUCACUUCCUGCUGCGCUGGUGCCAAAAACCAAAAGGGAGCGAGGACAUCUACGACUUUGUCUACAUCGAUGCCUUCGGUAAAGGCAAGCAGCUGACAGCCAAGGAGUGCGAGUACCUCAUCGGCCACCAGGUGACGGCAGACUACUACAGUGCCAUCAGCACCACGGAGGUGCUGCUCAGGAUGGUGGGAAACCUGCUCAACAUCGGCAAGAGGGGCGAGGGCAACGAGAAGUCCUACCAGCUGCUGAGGGACUCCCUGGACCUCUACCUCACUAUCAACCCAGACAACGUGCAGUACCUGCUGCUGCAGGCGCGUCUCUACUUCCAUCUGGGCAUCUGGCCAGAAAAGGUGCUCGACAUCCUGCAGCACAUCCAGGCGUUGGAUCCCUCCCAGCACGGGGCAGUGGGUUACCUGGUGCAACACACGCUGGAGCACAUCCAGCACAAGAAGCACCCCGUGAGCCCUGAGGUGAAGAGGCGCAGCGCUGAGGAGCACCUGGAGGUCCAGUACUCAGUCGGCCUGAUCAUGAAACACAAGAGGUCAGGUUACAACUGUGUGAUUUACGGCUGGGACCCCAAGUGCACCAUGAGUCAGGAGUGGAUCACAACCAUGAGGGUCCAGCAGCUGUCCCACGGUGCCAACCAGCCCUUCUACAACGUCCUGGUGCAGGAUGGAACGUGCCGCUACGCAGCUCAGGAAAACCUGGAGCCCCACUCAGCCCCCCUGGAGAUCGGCCACCCGGAGGUGGGCCGCUAUUUCUCCGAGUUCGCCGACGACCACUACCUUGCCAACGAGGAGCUGCAGACCCGAUACCCAGAGGACAUGAGGGAAACCCUGGGCUCAGUGCAGGAGCUCUACCACAGACCGACGCCUGGCUCCGGGAACCAGGAGCCGGCCGCUGCCACAGACCAAAACAACCACCAAGCCAUGUCCAUGUAGCAGAGCAGCUGGGACCAACAUGGUGCUGACCCAGGCCAAGCCACCACCGGUCCCCCCCCCGGGCUCAAUGCACUGUCCAUUUAGUUGUUGCUCAAUUGCACAGACUCAAGGAAAAGAGCAUAUGUAAUAGAUGUGGAAACAAUUCAUAAAUGUGGUUUUGUAUCGAGGACGGGCUCCGGUCGAGGACUGGACAGAUGUCCUCUACAUCUUCGAAUCUGAAAAUAUCCCAAAAGUGUGGAAAAGUUGUUGUUAAAUAUUGUUAAUAUUUCUGCUUCAAAUACUCGUCUCCGGAAACUACAGUAUACUUGUUGUGUAAUCAAAGGCGGUGUUGACGAGUUCCAUUUCUCACAAGCCAAAAACAUCAAUAUCUUAAAAUCCAGUUUUGGAUAAAGAGUUUGAUUGAAGUUUGGAAACUCGUCUCAGCCGCCAGCUUGAAGGAUAAAAGCAAAAUGGGUUUGACUUUAACACCUAAGUGGACGUGUAAAUUCAGGAUGGGUGUCCAGGUGCUGUAAAUCUACCUUUUACCUAAAAACCACGGAAUGCGCCUUUUACCCAGAGAGCUCCUCCAGACCCCCCCCCUUCUCCCUGCAUCCAGCACCAGUCAAACAAGCCCCCCCCAGCACAGAGCCUAAACCCACCAGUCACAGUGCCACAGAAAAUACUAUCAAGAAAAAAGACUUUGUAAAUUGACUCUUACUUUUUAUUCCCUGUAUUUUACUCAAGUUUGACGCACUUACAGAAAAGUUUAACUUUCUCAUUUCAGGAGUGAAGUUGUUCUUUCUCUUUUUUUUCUCUCUCCUGUAUAUUUACCAGUUACAGGCUUCGUGUCGAGUCUCAUCUCUGUGGUGUGAGCUUGCGAAACAAAAAGAGGAACCAAAUCAAGACUGACUGAUUUAGAAUCAGAGCCAUGAGGAAAUGAGCGAAACAAAAUAAAAAAGGCUUUUCAAGUU